AUGAGCAGAUGCGGCCAUGGCCCGCCGUCCAUCCUGCUGCUGCACUCUGCCGCCCAGUCGUCCGCCAUGUUCACAUCCGCGCUAAAGAGAAUGGGGGCGGCCGGCCUGCACGCCAUAGCUCUGGAUCUGCCCAACAGCGGCGAGUCGUGCCGUGCUGCGUCAGCAUGUGCUGAUCCCACGCAAGCAACUCAGCUUCCCAGCGGCGAGCUGACCAUGGUUGACGUGGCGAACCUUGUGCUGCAAGCUGCUCAUGCGCUUCGAUUCUCGCCGCCAUUUGACAUUGUGGGGCACGAGGCGGGCGCCACAGUGGCCAUCCACAUAGCAGCGGAGCUGCCACACAUCGUGCGGCGCCUGGUGCUGUGGGGCGUGCCCAUGCUCGGCUUCAUGGAGCGCGGCGACGCCCUCCGCGAGGAAACCCCCGACGGCCACUACGACUCCGACCUCCCCGACGCUGUCGCCACAUUCCUCCACCGCCGCUUCCCCGACGGCGGCGUGCCGUGGCAGCUGAAGCGCGUGCACACGCCCGUGCUCUGCAUGGCGGGGGAGAGCGAGCCCUUGCACAAGGCGACGAGGAAAGCCGCCCUGUUGUGCAAGAACGGCGAGUAUGUGGAUAUGGGGGCGGCGGGGCGGGAUGUGGUGGAUGAGCUACCAGACGACUACACCAGCGUCGUGCUGCAGUUUCUCUUCGGGGAACCUGGUCCGGCCGGGCCUACUGAACGAGCCAGUUGUUCCGUGCCAGCUGCUGACGUGGCAGGGGCGGGCGUGGUUCGGCAUAUGUCUGACUCAGCAAUGAAGGAUGCUGGUGGGAGGCCUCUGCAGAAGCACGUGUCGCACAAUGAAGCACAGAUGGGGAGGGGACCGGCCGGAUCGCAGCACCCACAUGCCCAUGCCCAUGCGCAUCCACAAGAGCAUGCACACACGCAUGCUCACACGCAUGCACACGCUCAUGCACAGAGUGAGACAGAUCAGCGGGAGGGAGGAGGGGAGAUGAGGGAGGCGGGGCAGCAGGGGCGCAGCUACGGCACGAGCAGCAGCAGCAGCAUGGCGUCAUCGCCUGUGAUGGGCAGCAUGGCCUCGUCCCCCGUGACCGCCGUCUCCCCCAGCAGCCGCUCGUCCAACGACAGUGAGGAGCGGCGUGCGUCAGGGGAGAAGCGCACCAAAGAGCGCAUCAAGUCGUUCUUCCGCGGCAAGAGCACUGCUUGA